AUGAGGCUCAAAGCAUCGAGGGCUCAUUGCCGCUGCUUUGAAGCGCCUCCGACUCAAAACGGCUUGCGCUCAUGGGCAUCAGAAGCUAUUCGAACAAGCGACUGUACUAACUUGAAGCGUAUCGUGGAUAUAUAAUAGUUCAUUUUUCCUAACAUUAACAAUCCUGAUCACAGGACUGUGGCUCAAAGCAUCGAGGGCUCAUUGCCGCUGAUUUGAAGGGCGACCGACUCAAAACGACUUGCGCUCAUGACUAUCGGAAACUAAUCGAACAAAGAAGCGUAAUAACUUGAAGCGAGGAUAUAUAGUAGUCCAUUUUUCCUAACAUUAACAAUCCUGAUCACAGGACUGUGGCUCAAAGCAUCGAGAGCUCAUUGCCGCUGCUUUGAAGUGCGUCCGACUUGAAACGGCUUGCGCUCUUGGGUAA